AUUUUUAAAGUUGUUGUUUUUUUCAAAUUCCUAUAAACACAACGGGAUUGAGCGUUCAAAUCGUCACAAUAAGAACAACUAUCUUAUUAGUUGAUUUGCUUAAGAAUUGGUUUUUUUCUUUAAAUUUCAACUAUUCCAAGAUGUUUUCAAAAAUUACUGUUACUAUCUAUCUGAUGCUUUUGUCAAUAAUAGCUUCCGAGAAAAUCAAAAUUCCAGAAACGGAACUUACUAUCAACUAUAUCAAAUACGGCAGUUCAGGAAAAACAAUUCUUUUGUUGACAGGAACUCUAUGUUGUAUACAAAUGGCUCAUUUGGAUUCGCAGCUGAAUUUUUUCGGAAAGGAAAACACCAUUAUUCAAAUGGAUUUACCUGGUUUCGGAGAUAGCUUACCUCGAAAAAGAGACUAUAGUUCAAAUUUCUACGAGACAGACGCAGAUAUAGUAGUCAAAUUCAUGGAAGCUUUAAAUAUCGGAGAGUACUUAUUAAUGGGAUUUGGUUACGGCGCUAACGUAGCUCUGUACGUUGCUGCUAAAGAUAUCAAGAAAAUCAAAAAAGUUGUCGUAUGGGGCGGCAAAGCAAAAAUAACAGAAGAAGUUUUGACAAAAGCAGAUAAAUUACGAGAUCCUCAAAACUGGACACAAGAUGUACUCAAAGUGAUGAAACAAAUUUACGAAGAAACAUACAUUGAAGAAGUAGCUAAUAAGUAUGCCGACGGUUUGUUAAGAUUGAAAAACGAAUUCGGAGAAGAAUUUUUCAAAGAUAAGUUAAAUUUUAUUGAAGCAUCUACUCUUGUAUUGCACGGUUCCAGUGAUGAUCACGUGUCUAUGGAACAUGCAGUCUAUAUCGCUAAGAAUGUUAAAGGAAGAACAGAAGUAAUUAAAAACGGUACACAUGAUUUGCAAGAAGCAGAAGAAUUUAAUUCUAUAGUUGCACACUUUUUAUUAGAAGAACAUUCUUAAAAGUCAACAAAAUUUCAUUGAUGCAUGAUUACUUGAUAUGUACACAUUAUAAUAUAAUACAUAUUAUGUAUUUUAUUUUAUUAUUGCAAUCAGUAAAUGAGUUAUAAAUAUCAUAA